UGAACAAAAGGCUAAGUGUAAUUAUUGUAAUGCUAAACUUAGCCAUAAAAAAGGCAAUGGAACAUCUCACCUUCGAUAUCAUCUCAAAUCAUGCAACAAGUAUCAAAAAUCAGUAUCUAAUAGUGAUUCAUCAAAUUUACCAGAAGGUCAAACACAAUUAGAUCUUAGUUUAUUCAUUAAAUGA